AUGACAAACGUCCCUUAUGCAAGUGUGGUAGGGAGUCUGAUGUAUGCUCAGAGAACUAAGAAUUUUAUGCUUGUUUAUAAGCAAGUUGAGAAUCUCCGAGUUGUUGGUUAUUCGGAUUCUGAUUUUUGUGGUUCUGUGGAUGAUUUAAAGUCAACUUCUGGAUAUAUUUUCACUUUGGCUAGCGCAGCUAUUUCUUGGAAAAGUGUAAAACAGAAUUUGAUUACUUCAUCUACUAUGUAUGAUGAGUUUGUAGCUUGUUAUGGGGCUUCCUUGCAAGUUGUUUGGCUAAAGAAUCUGAUUAUAGAGAUACGAGUAGUUGAUUCUAUUUCCUUGCCUAUGCUGAUGUAUUGUGAUAAUAGUGAUGUUGUUUUCUUUGCCAAGAAUAAUAAGAUCAGUGGUGCUUCGAAGCAUAUGGAGAUCAAGUAUCUUACUAUCAGAGACCUAGUCAAGAAAGGAGAUGUUAUUAUAGAGAAUUGCAGACAGAAUUGA